CGCCAGUCCGACGCGAGCCGGCGCAGGCUAGAGCUGUUCGCGCGGCGGGAGCACCCGGAGAACACACCAGUUCGCCCUCUUAUCCCGACACCAGGUGGGGUGAUGCGCUGAGGCGGUGAUGCUGCCCACUCUAGCAGUCACGUGUCUGCUGGCCCUGGCGGCGGGCCGAGGGGCGGACGGGGGCGGCUGGACGCCCAUCGCGCCGCCCCACGCCGUCCAGCUGGCGGCCGGCCUCGGCGAGCCCUUCGACGACCCCGGGGCGUCGCGACGCCUGGGCUUCCCGCCGCAGCUGCGACUGGUCGACGACGACUCGGACCAGUGCGCGCUCUACAAGGUGUCCAUGGCGCAGGAGCUGUACUUCCAGUACAUUCAAUACAAGUUGUCCAUUCCGGACAUGACUGAGUUCACAAUGUGCGCUUGGACCAAGUUCUACAACCACAGCAAUGACCACCCAAUAUUCUCAUACGCAGUCCCCGACCUGCCGAAGGCCGUGCUGGUGUGGGUGUCCAACACGGCGCGAAGCAGCUACUUCAGCAUCUCGGUGGCAGGGCACACGCUCUGCCGCCUCAACUACCCGCUCCGCCUAAACCGCUGGUACCACUCCUGCCACUCGUGGAACGGCCGCACGGGCGAGUGGCAGGUGUGGGUGAACGCAGAGCGCGUCGGCAGGGGCUUCCACAACCGGCUGGUCGGCUACAAGAUUCCCGGAGGCGGGAUAGCCGUCAGCGGCCAGGAGCAGCGCCAGUUCGGCGGGGGCUUCCUGGAAGGGCCGGACUCCCCCCGCGGCUCCGGGGGGAUGCUAGGCGAGAUCACCAUGCUGCACCUCUACUCCGCAGCACUGUACCCCGGCAAGGCCCACCGGGACCACAAGCACCACCACGGGCACCACCACGAGACCAACCCCGCCAACGGGAUCCCGCCCUCCGCCACCGCCCAGCCCCAGCCCCCGCCGACCCCCCCGCCCCAGCCCUUCCCGCCCAACCCCUUCCUCGUCGGCGGCCAGCUCCGGCCCGAGAUCAACAUCCAGGCCCAGCUGGGGCGGCCGCACCUCGGGCCCAACGGCGUCCUCAGGAACCCCGGGGCGCUGCUGCCCGAGCUGCAGCAGCCCACAGCACUCUCCCUCGACCUCUUCCAGCACAAGCUGUUCAAGCGGAACGAGCUGGCCGGCACCACCAACGGCAGCGAGCCGCUGGUCGCGCCCGGCCGCGAGGAGGACGCGCUCAUCCGCGCCGCCUCCAAGGAGGACCUGGUGAAGACCACCCAGCUCCCGGAGACCAAGCACAAGAAGCGGUCGGCCCCGGAGGGCGCCCUCGAGCGGGAGAUGCUGGGCGAUGCGCCCGAGGAGAAGCAGCCCGCCAAGAGGGGCAUCCUACUGGGGCUGGACGGCACGUCCUUCGUCUCCGGGGACUACCUGGGCGACGCGGGCGGCCUGCUGGGGGGCACGCACAACGUCCUGGGAGCGACGGACCCCCAGCAGAAGAAGGAGUACGAGCGCGAGCCGGCCGAGGGGGAGGUCCUCCAGAUACUGAACGUGUGCUCGGGGUGCGCCCCCGAGCCCUUCAAGAAGGUCGAGGUUAUCUCCUGGAGGCUCACGCCCAAGAAGCUGUACUCGGGUGCGCUGUUCGUGCCCGCCAAGCAGGAGUGCCGUCGGUUCUGA